AUGUCUUUGAAUGAACGGUCAAAGCGGACAAUUUGGGUUAUUCGACAUGGCGAACGAGCUGAUAACAUUGAUGAAACGUGGAAAGAUCAUGCGCCACGUGGUGCAUGGGACGAUCCACCACUAAGUAGAAUAUUCGUUGAACGAUUAAAAAUGCUUGAAAAAGACAAAUUAUUUAGUGAUCGAGGAAAACAUCAAGCACGAGAGUGUGGCAAGCGAUUGGAGACAGAGAAAAUCUCGGUCGUACUUUGUUCACCGUUUUUACGGUGUGUACAAACUGCAAGUGGAAUCCUUGAAGAACAUUCAUCAAAGUUGCCAUUAUUCAUUGAGCAAGGACUUUGUGAAACCCUAAACUGCUGCCAAUAUCCACCAGGAUGUUUGUCUACCAAGGAAUUAAGUGCACAAUUUCCAAUAAUUGAUUUGAAUUAUCAACCAGUAGUUGCUAAUCCUGGACCUGAAAAAGAUAUUAUUGCUUGCAAAGAUCGGUUAAUUAAAGUAAUUGACCAUGCAUUAAAAAAUUAUGGAAAUGAUAUACUUAUUGUAACGCAUGGAAGUCCAACAGCUAUGAUUCGUGAGAUAUUAAUUGGGGAAUGGCUUUAUGUUGGGCAGUGCACUAUCAGCAAGUUUGUAUCCGAUGAAAAUGGUAACUUCAAAGCGGUCAUGUCAAGUGAUUCUUCACAUCUUUCAGACCGAACUGUACUGAGAGAUAAUGAGUAUCAUCGCCCUCAAAGUUGA